GAUCCCGUUCAAGAUCGGGCAGCCCAAGAAACAGAUUGUACCCAAGACAGUGGAGAGAGACUUUGAGAGGGAAUAUGGGAAGCUGCAGCAAUUGGAAGAUCAGACCAAAAAACUUCAGAAGGAUAUGAAGAAAAGCACAGAUGCAGAUUUGGCCAUGUCCAAAUCUGCAGUGAAGAUCUCCUCAGACCUGCUGUCCAACCCCCUGUGUGAGCAGGAGCCCUCGUUCCUCGAGAUGGUCACGGCCUUCGACACGGCCAUGAAGAGGAUGGAUGCCUUCAACCAGGAGAAGGUGAAUCAGAUCCAAAAGACAGUCAUAGAGCCUUUGAAAAAGUUCAGCAGCGUUUUCCCGAGCCUGAACAUGGCAGUGAAGCGCCGGGAGCAGACGCUGCAGGACUACAAACGCCUUCAAUCCAAGGUGGAAAAAUAUGAGGAAAAGGAGAGAACUGGCCCUGUCCUGGCCAAGCUGCACCAGGCCCGCGAGGAGCUGCGCCCGGUCAAGGAGGACUUUGAAGCCAAGAACAAGCAGCUCCUGGAGGAGAUGCCCAAGUUCUACAGCAGCCGCAUCGAUUACUUCAAACCCAGCUUCGAGUCGCUGGUCCGGGCACAGCCCUGGAGAGGUUCUGGUGGAGAUGAUGAAGGUCUCUUCUCUGCCUUGGGAUGGCUCCUGCUGAUCCAGGUGAGGGCACACGGCUCCAAACACCAGGGAAACCAUCACCACCUCUUCCUGCCAGGACCUGGGCUUGGCAAACCUACACCAGACAGGGAACAGGGCUUGGGGUGUACUGGGAAGCCCAGCAGAAAAUGGGGAUGGAACCCCUAAAAACCAAACCUUCCCUUGGUUUGGAGCCGUGGGAAUGCUGGUGGCUGUCCCCAGUGCAGGGACACAACGAGGUCCCCCCCAAGAUCAUCCCGUGCCGAGGCUCCUCCCCAGCUCCCAGCAUGGAGAACUUCAUCCCUCCCUCUCUCCUUGGCUGUUCCUUCCCAACCACAUCACAUGCCAGGCCAGGUUUAAGCAAAAUAAACCCGGUUGCCACGGUUACCCAGAGCAGGGAUGCUAAAUAUACAGAAUAUAGAUAUUUUUAUAGAUAUUUAACAGCCACGCACGGAGCCCGUGAGCCCGAGCAGGGGGCACGGGAUCUGAGCCCUGCAGACCUCAGGGUGGGCAGAGAUCCCUCUGUGGCCUGGAGGUGUUGAUUCCUCCUCAGAUUCAAGCCCACCUGGUGGCUUUUUCUGCAUUAAUGUCACCCUGUGUGGCACAGCCAGACCUCCCCAGCCACCUCAUCCCCAUCACCCCACCUGUCCUGCACUCAGAGCCCCCCAAAUCCCAGUUCUGGUCCCUGCCACCAGCUCCUCCUGCCCUCCCAGCACUCAGCAGAGGGAUGUCACCCAUGGAAGCUCAAACCCAGGCGUUCCCAGGGAUUCACUCUGCCUACUCUCCGCAGCGCUCGGGGAGGAGAAUUCCAUCUUUUGUAGUAAAAAGUGGAUAAUGA